CAGAGGCCUUACUCCAGCGAAUUUGUCUCUCACCGGUUGCUAUUAUUGUAUUAUAUACAUAGUAUUACACCUAGGAGUCGGACUGAUCCUCGUUGCCAACCCCGCCAUCGACUGGAUUCAAGCGCCAAAGAAGCGACGUUGCGACGGCUCCUAAGAGGUGGUUAUCGUUUGCACCGCAAACGGCAUCUUUCUGCAGGAAUAAACCAUUGUUGCAAUACCCCCGUUAUACCACCUAAAACAGCGUUGAGCGGCCCCCAAUCGACAGCUUCUUACCAUGAUCCCCUCUUGAUCCCGGCACGAUGCAAGCUGUGGAGGGUGUGCCAAUAGACCCUGGCAAAGCCCAGGUCGUCGAUAGGGUUCCCAAAGUUAUUAAGGAAAUCAAAUUCGGCGUUCUAGCGAGUCAAGAUAUCGUAAGCCAGGCUCUCGUCGAAGUCUCCGACAGAAAACUUUUUGACCUUGAUAAUGAUCGUGCUGUUGCUCGUCAUGGCCCGCUGGAUGGGCGCAUGGGCAUAUCGAGUAAAUCCGGCACUUGUGAGACCUGCGGAGGCGCUUUGCAGGAGUGCAACGGCCAUUUCGGUCAUGUCCGACUCGUUCUACCGGCUUUCCACGUAGGAUACUUCAAGCGAGUCAUCGGCAUACUACAGGAGAUUUGCAAGGAUUGCUCACGAAUCCUGUUGCCUGAAAAUGAGAGGCGUAUAUUUCUGAAAGAGAUGAGGAGACAGGGAAUCGAUAAUCUACGGCGCAUGCAAAUCAACAAGCGGAUUAAUGACCGGUGCCGGAAGACUCGAACGUGCUAUGUCUGCCAUGCCGUCAAUGGUGUCGUUAAAAAGGCGGGAACGAGCGCCCUGAAAAUCACACAUGAUAAGUUUCGUGCUUUCAACGCUUCUACUUCUGCCAAAAAGGUACCGCCUCCGAGCAAGCUGGUGUUCGACCGGUCCUUUGAAGAGGCCAAACGCUCGAACACGGAUAUCGAGAAACACUUUAAAAAGGUGCAGGAUGAUCUUAAUCCCCUCCGGGUGUUGAAACUAUUCCGCCGUAUCUCGGAUGAAGACUGCGAGUUACUCGGCUUGAACCCGGAGGAGGUGCGGCCGGAAAUGUUCCUUUGGCAAUAUAUUCCUGCUCCACCGGUGUCCAUUCGUCCGUCAGUGGGCCAAGAGGGUGCAAGUACCGAAGAUGACCUGACUGCGAAACUCGGGGACAUCGUUCAGAGCAAUAUCAAUCUGAAGAAUGCCAUAAAUAAGGGUGCACCUGUACAAACUAUUAUUGAAUGCUGGGAUUAUAUGCAGCUUCAAAUUGCGGUUUAUAUUAACAGUGAUGUGCCCGGUCUACAGAAGGCGGACUUUGGAAAGCCUAUCAGAGGCAUCUGCCAGCGUCUGAAGGGAAAGCAGGGCAGAUUUAGAGGCAAUCUCUCAGGGAAACGUGUUGAUUUCUCCGGCAGAACGGUCAUUUCUCCCGAUCCGAAUUUAAGAAUUGAUGAAGUUGCUGUACCGCAGCUUGUCGCGAUGAACAUGACAUAUCCCGAGAGAGUGACAAGAUACAAUAAAGAAAAGCUCCGCGAACGAGUUCGGAACGGGACGAAGAUCUGGCCUGGAGCAAACUACCUGUCCAAAAGAGGCACGACUUUCAAGGUCUUCUUGAAGUAUGGCAACCUUAACCUCAUGGCAGAUCAGUUAGAAGAGGGCGAUGUUGUUGAACGGCAUUUGGAGGAUGGCGAUAUCGUACUGUUUAAUCGACAACCCUCACUCCACAAACUCAGUAUUCUUUCUCACUUUGUCAAAGUGCGACCACACAGAACAUUCCGUCUGAACGAGUGUGUUUGCAAUCCUUAUAAUGCCGAUUUUGAUGGGGAUGAAAUGAACUUGCAUGUUCCCCAGACGGAGGAGGCCAGAGCUGAGGCAAUGGAACUGAUGGGGGUUAAGAACAAUUUAGCUACACCCAAGAACGGAGAGCCUAUCAUCGCCGCCAUCCAAGAUUUCAUCACCGCUGCAUACUUGCUGAGUAGCAAAGAUAAUUUUUAUGAUCGGGGAUCGUUCACUCAGACCUGUGGCUACAUGCUGCAACCGGGUACCAAAUUCGAUCUUCCUCCGCCAGCAGUGCUAAAACCGCAAAUGUUAUGGACCGGAAAGCAGGUGUUUAAUGUGCUGAUGCGUCCGAGUAAAGAGUCUCCUGUUCUUGUCAACCUAGACGCUGCAUGCAGAGAAUUCAGAGCACCCAAAGGGACCCCAAGAGAUCUUGAUCCCAACGACGGUUGGCUAUGUAUUCGAAAUUCCGAAAUAAUGUGUGGUGUCAUGGACAAAUCGACUAUCGGAUCUGGUAAAAAGGAUUCAGUGUUUUAUGUCAUGCUUCGUGACUUUGGACCGCAAGUAGCCGCAGAGGCUAUGAAUCGACUCUCAAGACUCUCCGCUCGGUGGUUUACAAACAUUGGGUUCUCCAUCGGUAUUACGGACGUUUAUCCGGGCGAUUCACUGCUUCAGGCAAAGAAGCAGCUCGUUGAAGAAGCUUAUGCGCAGUGUGACGCGCUGAUUCAGUUAUUCAAAGCCGGCAAGCUCGAAAAGGCUCCCGGGGGUGAUGAACAGCAGAACAUGGAGAGCCAGAUCUCUGGUAUUCUCAGUAAAGUUCGUCAACAAGCUGGUGAACAGUGUAUCGCGGAAUUAAGCAAAUGGAACUCUCCUCUCAUCAUGGCUACGUCUGGGUCGAAGGGUUCUACUAUCAACGUUGCGCAAAUGAUUGCCCUCGUGGGUCAGCAAAUUAUUGCAGGGCAACGUGUACAAGACGGCUUCCAGGAUCGAACCCUGCCGCAUUUUCCCAAGUACGCUCGUCAGCCACCUGCAAAGGGCUUCGUUCGAAACAGUUUCUUCUCCGGGUUAAUACCAUCUGAAUUCUUCUUUCACGCAAUCUCAGGACGCGAAGGUCUGAUUGAUACUGCGGUCAAGACUGCAGAAACGGGUUACAUGUCCCGUCGACUCAUGAAGUCGCUUGAGGAUUUGUCGAGCCGUUACGAUGACACCGUAAGAAAUUCCUCAUCGAACAUCGUUCAGUUUCAAUACGGUGAUGAUAAACUUGAUCCGGUUGACAUGGAAGGUAAAGCGAAACCGGUCCACUUUGACCGGACGUUUACGCACGCAGAAACUACCACGUACAGCAAAGAAGAUCGAGGUUUACUUCCGUCGGAGGUUAUAGACCUCUGUCGCCAAAUGCUUGCUCCUGAACGUGCCAAGCUUGACCGUUUUGAUUUACUCGGCAAUAGUCUCGAAUAUACUGACCGCAGUGAUCAUGGCAUUGAUCAACUCGAAAGUAACCGCGACUUCUUGCAGUCUAUUGAAGAUUACAUCCAAGCCAAGGCUGAUAGGCUUCAUUCUGUAACCGGAACUGAAGCAGACACGCUUGAAGGACAGAUGGCGUUAUCACACACGGUGAAGCUCUCCGCAAAGACGUUAACUACUUUUAUCACGUCGUGCCUCACCAAAUAUAAGAAGGCCCAGGUUGAACCCGGCCACGCUGUGGGUGCUGUCGGCGCACAGUCCAUUGGUGAACCCGGCACCCAAAUGACUUUGAAGACUUUCCAUUUUGCGGGUGUUGCUGGCAUGAGUAUAACACAAGGUGUUCCCCGUAUCAAGGAAAUCAUCAACGCUUCAAAGGAGAUCAGUACGCCGAUCAUCACUUGUGAGCUUGUCAAUAAGGAAGACGUGAGAGCUGCUCAAAUUGUCAAAGGCCGUGUCGAAAAGACCUUCAUCAAAGACAUUAUAUACUACAUAGAAGAAGCAUGGACGAGUUCGGUCGCAUACAUCAACAUCAAAAUCGACUUCUCCACCAUCCAAGCUCUCCAGCUAGAACUUACACUUCGUGACAUCCUCAACGCGAUCAAGAAGCAUAAACGCUUCAGAUCCGAUGAUUUGAAAUUCCGCUCCUUCGGAUCGCACAUUCACAUCUUUGUAGACCAAGCCACGACCAAAACCUCACUCACCAAAGCCGAACAAGCCGCCACCGGUUCAGAUCCUUAUAUCCGCCUCAAACACCUGAAACGCCUGCUGCCUACAAUCCAAGUUCUUGGUCACCCUCAAUGCUCGCGUGCGAUUAUCCGUACGGACGAAACCAACACCACUAACACCUUACUUGUUGAAGGUUACGGUCUCCGUGCCUGCAUGACUACCGACGGUAUUUUCGGUACCCGCACGCGAACCAAUAAUAUUAUGGAAACCAAGGACGUUUUAGGAAUCGAAGCGGCGCGCACCACUAUUGUUGAUGAAAUCAGCGAUGUGAUGAAGGACAUGGGCAUAGAUCCGCGUCACAUGCAGCUGCUCGCCGAUGUGAUGACUUACAAAGGUGAAGUUUUAGGAAUCACACGUUUCGGACUGGCUAAAAUGCGAGACUCUGUUCUACAAUUGGCAAGUUUUGAGAAAACUGCUGAUCAUCUCUUUGAUGCUGGUGGUGCGGGUAGGACCGAUCUGGUCGAGGGUGUGUCGGAGUGCAUUAUACUGGGAAAAAGUGUAUCAUUAGGAACAGGAGCGAUGGAGAUGGUUAGGGCGAUGAAUUUCUAUGAAGGCCAGAUUGGGAAGAAAAAAUCUGUCUUUGAAGAUGUCUGGAAAGACAUUAUCGAAGCACCAGCAAAGGCGAGGAGGAAGAAAAAGGUAUAA